AUGCUCCAACCUCACCUGCUGCAGAAAAAGAUGGGCCUGAGCACCUGUGACCAACAUGGAGAACAAGAGAUGUUCUUCUGUGAGGAAGACCAGAGGCCCCUCUGUGUAUCCUGCUUAUCAGCCCCAGAGCACAAGGACCAUCAAGUCCUUCCCUUGGAGACAGCUGCUGACAAGUGCAAGAAGAAGCUCCGGGAGAGAUGGAACAUCUUACAGAAGAAAGAAGAGAAAUUUCAAACUGCACUGGACACCUUGAGAAGAAGAAAGGAGCAAUUCACAGAGCGUACCUACACUUUGAAAGAGACAACUAUUUCUGAAUAUGGCAAAAUUCACCAAUUUUUAUGGGAUGAAGAAUAUCAAUGCCUGCAAAAUCUGGAGCAGCAAUCCAGAGUCAAUGUGGUCAAACUGGAGGAGAAGGAGCAUGAGCUGACCCAACAAAUCCAGAAUCUACAACAAGUGAAGUUUGAAGUAGAGGAGAAUUUGGACAAGAUGCCCUUGGAAAUGAUCCAGGAUAUGCCAGGUCUCGCUUGCUUCACCUGCCUCAUCUACCUCACUGACUGGGUGACUGAGAGUGCAGAGAGGGCCUUCUCCAGGGCAGUGAGGGAGCCACUGAAACCUCAGCCUGUACAAAGUGCAGGGGAGCCAUUCAUUAGAGAAGGUGACUGGCUGCUGAGCAGGAACCUGCAGACUCUGUGCAUCACUGGCAAGAUGCUCCAAACUCACCUGCUGCAGAAAAAGAUGGGCCUGAGCACCUGUGACCCACAUGGAGAACAAGAGAUAUUCUUCUGUGAGGAAGACCAGAGGCCCCUCUGUGAAUCCUGCUUAUCAGCCCCAGAGCAUAAGAACCACCAAGUCCUUCCCUUGGAGACAGCUGCUGAUAAGUGUAAGAAGAAGCUCCGGGAGAUAUGGAGCAUCUUACAGAAGAAAGAACAGAAAUUUCAAAUUGCACUGGAUAUUUUGAGAAGAAGAAAGGCACAAUUCACAGAGCGUACCUACACUUUGAAAGAGACAGCUUUUUCUGAAUAUGGCAAAAUUCACCAAUUCUUAUGGGAUGAAAAUUAUGAAUACCAAAAAAGAUUGGUGAAGGCAUCCAGAAGGAACCUGCUCCAAGUAGAAGAGACUGAGAUCAAGCUGUUCCAACAAAUACAAAAGCUGCAACAAGUGAAGUUUGAAGUAGAAGAGAAUUUGGACAUGAUGCCCUUGGAAAUGAUCCAAGCUGUGCCAGACACUUUGAAAAAAAAGGAAGAACUUGGACUCCAAAGAUCAGCACUUCCUUCCAUUUCCUUGCCUACCUGCUCCAUUACAGGCAUGCGAGAAAUGCUCAUGAGUUUCCACAGGGAUAUAACUCUUGAUCCUGAAUCAGCCCAUCCUCAUCUCAUCCUGUCUGAGGAUUUGAAGAGGGUCCAGUAUGGAAGCAUCUGUCAAGACCUGCCUGACAACAAAGAGAGAUUUGACUGUGUUCUUGGGGUUUUAGGAGCCCAGAAAUUCACCUCAGGAAAACACUAUUGGGAAGUGGAGGUGGGAGACAAGACAGCAUGGGAAUUGGGCAUCUGUAAAGAUUCAGUCAGGAGAAAAGAGAAACAUGCUUUCUCAUCUGAGGAUGCAAUGACCGUCACAGCAUUCACAUCUGGAAAUAGUUUCUUCUUCUGUACUUCAGACAAGAACUUUCUACUGCGCCGACCUCUGCACAAAGUGGGCAUUUUUUUUGAUUAUGACAAACAACAAAUAGCAUUUUAUGAUCUUACAUACAGAUGCCUUAUCUACAGUAACUCAAAUAUGGAUUUGGAAGGGCCUCUUUGCCCUUAUUUCUCUCCUUGCCUUCCCAAUGAGAAAAACACCCCUGGUUCACUUAUCAUUUGCCCCAAGAGUCCACAGUAGAGGGCUGUCACAAGUACUAAUUACUAAGGAUGAUGUUCUGAAUGAUGAAUGAGUAUAACACUGCCAGUGCCACUCUAUUUCUUUGAAUUCCUGUUGAAAUUGUCAAUAAAGUGUGA